GAUAGAAGAGAUUACCAAAUAUCGUACGAACAGGAAUUGAAACGCAAGAAUCUAAUCAACAAUGACAGCAGCAAUAAUGGCACAACAGAAACCAAUAAACCUAUUCAUGCAGGACCUGGUACGCAAAAACAUCCACAGCAACGACCCGAAGGAUGAUUCUGACAGCACCACUAUAGCGACAUUUGACUUUGCCAAGAAAGAAGCCCUCCAUCGAAACGAUAGCAUCAGCAACAGUAUUAGCAACAGCAUUAACAACAGCGACAGCAGCGUUUUAACGAGCUGCACCGGAACCAGCGGAUCGUAUUUCCUGAGCGACGAUACAACGAUCACGGAUACGACAGCCUCCUCCCGAAGCGUGGUGGUUAUCAGCGACAACGCCAGGGUUUCGGCGAGGGCACGGCCCAAGCAAACCGCCGUCCUCAACCCCGUCAGAAGUUCGCCCCACAUCCGCAAGAAGCUCACAGCGUCGAACCGAUGGGGCGCCGACUGCAUCAGCCAAAUGAACAAGAACCUCAACCACUAUACUCUUUCGAACAACCACAGCCGGGACGGUUUGGUGGUGUCUUCUUCCCAUUCGUCUGAAAGCAGAAACCGCUGGUACCCCGACGAACUCAAGCUUCCAUCGAGAGGUAACAGCAGCAGUAGCAACAACAAGAAUGGCAAAAGCAAUGACACCAAUUCUACGGAUCCCUCGAUUCGCCGAGGUGUCAGCGAUUCGUGCCUAACGAUGCCCAGGAGGAGCUGGAAGCAACAACUCGAACCACAGCUCGAAAUCGAAGAAGAUAGCACAGAGGAACUUGUAGAGCAGUUGCUGAACGCCAAAACGAACGCGAACACGAACACGAAGCGAAUCGUGAGUUGCAACAAUCUAUCUGCGUAUAUCGAACMAAAUCACACAACUGCAACUCCAAGCAGCGAUAUUGUCCAAGCCAAAAAGGCACUCGCAAAGUCGUUUUGUUCCCAGAAGUCGUCCUCGGAAGAUCUCCUCAAAGCAGCCUCUAAGGCGGUCCAACGCGAUUUGCACAGGGUAGAUUCCAUGGAGCUUCCGAAUUCCCGAUGCAACCACAAGUUUCCCACGCAGCAGCAGCCACGGCGGAAGCAGCAGCGAAAAAGCAAACGGCCCGUUGCGCCUGGGGGACCAUCCUCAACGGCGCUGCUUCUGAAUCGCAACCGCUUAUUGGACAUCAUCUCUUCUCCCGAUGGACAAGAAUCCCUCCGUCGCCUCACGUCUGCUGCUACUGCGCCCGGGGAGUGUGUCCCGAAACCCGCAGUGAAAGACAAAGAAGAAAUCAGCAACCGACUUCUCGACAAAACGGUCAGCACCAGCACCUUGAAACUCUUGCAAAAACGAAGGCAAACGAGUAGCAAAACAAACCGAAUCACAGUGUACAAAAGUAUCGAUAAUUCCAGUCACAGCAUAUAUUCUUCGGUUGGUGAAGGCGAGAGCGCGUUUUCUAGCACUCGUAGCAAGAGAAGGAACAACUCGAUGAAGAAAAUCACGAGAUCGUCCUCGAGCACGGUGUCGAUCCUCGAGAAAGCCCUGGGUGAAAUGGCACCUAAAGUCAAGAAGACCACAAGCAAGACCAAGACCAGCAAAACCAUUGCUACAUCGAACAGCAAAAGCACCAGCCCUAAAGUCAGCAAAACCAGCUCGAUGCCCUCCCGAAGCGGGAAGAAGCUCGAGAGAAGUCACGGUGUUCCUUCUCGAAGCGGCAGGCAUACCUCGAGUCGUCGUGAAAGAAACUCCAUCGAUGAAGAAUACUCCAGAUCGAUUCAAAGCAGGAACGACAGCAGCAGCAAGAAGAUGUUGCUCGAGACGACGAUUGGUGACGAUAAACCUCUUCCUAGAAUCAAAAAGGUCACUCUCGGAGCUGCGGUUGGCACCGAUACGACUUGCACAAACUCAAAUACUCCUCCAAGAAUUCCGGGAAUGGGAUCUCUAGGGGGUAGCAGCCACCGCGGUGCUAGAAGCAGAAGUAGCAGCGGCAAGAAAGGGGUGAGCACGAAGCUCACUUCCCUCGAGCGCGUCCUCGGAGGAAUGGCACCCCGGUCCAGAACAAGCUCUGGCAGCUGUACCAGUGGCGACACCAGCAACAGGGAACGAAGGAGGAGGGCCGCGUCCAGAUCGAUGGAAGACGCACCUCCCCGACCAACACCGAGAAAGAACUCUCUCCAGAUCUCGGAUGGAACCACUGACUAGGUAUGAAAGUGAAACACACAUUUUUGAGU